AUGGAGUCCCUCACAGGCUACCGUAUCUCGUGGGAGGAGUUUAACCGGACCAACACCCGGGUCACCCACUACCUCCCUAACCUGACCCAGGAGUACCGGGUCACCGGGCUGACCGCCCUCACCACCUACACCAUCCAGGUGGCUGGGAUGACCUCCAAGGGACAGGGUCAACUCUCUUCUUCUACAAUAUCAUCUGGAGUUCCCCCAGAGAUGCCGGGCCCACCAACCAACAUAGCCAUCUCCAACAUCGGCCCCCGCUCUGUAGCCCGCAGUUUAAACCUGGCUAUGACGGCAAGACGUCCAUCUCACGCUGGCAGGUUGAGGCACAGCAACUCCAGAGGCAUAGACGAGGCCGCCGCAGAUCUACUGGUGUGGGCACGGACCCGUAUCACCAAGCCACCUGUAGACCAGAGUGUCAUCAAGGGGACCAAGGCUGUCAUGUCCUGUGGGGUGACCCAUGACCCCAGUGUGUCUGUCAGGUAUGUUUGGGAGAAGAGUGGUUCAGUGGUGGAUGUGAGCACCUCUCCCCGGCUCCGUCUGGACCCUGACGGGACUCUGCACCUCUCCCAGACCUGGUCAGGUGACAUCGGAACAUACACCUGUAGAGUCACCUCUGUAGGGGGCAACGACUCACGCAGCGCUCACCUCAGAGUCAGGCAGCUUCCCCAUGCUCCAGAGAUCCCCAGUGCAGCUCUGAGCCAGGUAGAGAAGAGGGCCAUCAAUCUGACCUGGGCUCAGGCCUUCGAUGGGAACAGCCCCCUGAUCCGAUACAUCCUGGAGGUCUCAGAGAACAAUGCCCCGUGGACAGUGCUCCUUGCCAAUAUUGAACCGGAGUGGACCGGGGUGACCGUGGGUGGUUGA